AUGAAGAUUCAGGGUUGGAUUUUGACUGGCGCCUUUGUGUCAAACAGUAGAUUGAAAUCAAGUCUGGUGCGAACAGAAGCUACUAGUAGCUUCCAGGAGCAACUGGAACAUUUGGACAAGCAGGUUGAAGACUUGCAAAAGCAGCGCGACGCUCUCGUUGCCAAACGCCGCACCUUGGUGGAGGCCAUGUCCAAGGAAACAAACACCGUGGGAUGCCUUUGGGUCUCGGUUGGAACAGUUGCACAUGGAAAAUCCGUGCUGGGUGUCGUUCGGACCAGAGUGGCACGACGGUGA